GUCGCGCUCACUUUGGGCGGAUGCUGGAGGAAACACCGUUAGACACAUGGAGACAGAGGAAGGGUCUCAGACGGCUCUCAGUCUCAUUGAAACUCAGCUGAAACUCGAGUCUUUCAGGGGUUUUCUUUGCUUUCAUUGAGGUUUAAGCUUUUUUCUUUAGUUCCUUUUUUUCUUUUUCUGUAAAAUCUCUGAAGCUCCGCGCGCUGUCGCGUGGAGCAGCAGGGGGGGUUCAGCAACAAGUCUCUGGCGCGAUUGAGAGGAGUUUACCGGAGUCCCUUUGAAGAACCAGCUAGUCUGUUUUUUAAAACUCGUUCUGGAUUGAAGCUUUUUGACCUGACAGGCUCACAGCUGUCUGAGGGGUUGUCUGCACCCAUCAGUGGACAUUAUGGGUAUCGUCUUCUGCCUGGUUCCAGUCCAGGUUCUGGUUCUGGUUCUGGUCUGUCCUGCGGCAGGUUAUAAUCUGGAUCAGGAGCACAGCAUGGUGUUCAACGGCCCUCACUCCUCGAUGUUUGGAUACUCUGUGCUGCUGCAUCGCCACAACUCUGAAAAAUGGCUGCUGGUCGGAGCUCCAGUGGCUAACUCCUCUCAUCAGCUGACUCAAUCUCCAGGAGCCGUUUUUCGCUGCAACAUUAUGGAUGAGAAGCGCAGAUGCGAUCGUCUUUCUGCUGACAUUUUAAGUUGUGGGAAGACGUGUGAACCGGAGAGUGAUCACCAGUGGCUGGGUGUUAGUUUGUCCAGACAACCCAGAGAAAAUGGUGGACGUGUCCUGGCAUGUGCUCAUCGCUGGAAGAACGUGUAUUACUCAAGGAAAGACGGCCAGAACAACAAGCUUCCUAAUGGCGUCUGUUUUCGUUAUGAGAGUGACCUGACCUCCUACCAGCACUUUAUCCCUUGCUACAAAGACCACCAGAGGAAGUUUGGUGAGGAUUACGGGUCAUGUCAGGCGGGCAUUUCCAAUUUCUUGACACAGGAUCUGAUCAUCGUAGGAGCACCAGGGUCUUCUUACUGGACGGGCUCAGUUGUGGUCUACAACACCUCCAGCAAUUCGAUGUCGGUGUAUCAGGAUGAUGAGACAGGAGCUGUCAGCUAUGGGAGCUAUCUGGGUUACGCCGUUGGAGCCGGUCACUUCCAGAGUCCCUCUUCCAUUGAGGUGGUGGGUGGAGCUCCACAGUACAAUCAGAAGGGCAAGGCCUUCAUCUUCUCAACAGAGAACAGCAAAAUGCUGAAGGUGGUUUCAGAAGUUGCUGGAAAUGAACUGGGGUCUUAUUUCGGCUCCAGUGUUUGUGUGGUGGAUCUGAAUGCUGAUGGUUUGUCGGAUCUGCUGGUUGGUGCUCCCAUGGCAACGGGGACGUCCAGGGAAGAGGGAAGAGUUCAUGUGUACAUUAAUGAGGGGGAGGCUCAGCUGAAGGAGGCGGAGUUUAAGCUGACUGGCAGCGAUGCUUAUGCGGCACGGUUUGGGCAGACCAUUGCUGACCUUGGAGACCUGGAUGAUGAUGGCUAUCCAGAUGUGGCUGUUGGCGCUCCACAGGAAGACGACCUCAAAGGCGCCGUCUACAUCUACAAUGGCAGGAAGGAGGGUAUUUCACCAAAACCAUCACAGAGGAUUACAGGGUCAUCCCUGGGUCAUGACCUGAAGAUGUUUGGACAGUCGCUGAACUCUGGGAUUGACAUCGACGAUAACGGCUACAAUGACGUGGCAGUGGGAGCAUUCCUUUCAGACUCAGCUGUGGUUCUCAGGACCCGUCCAGUGGUUCAAGUGAAAGCUUCUCUGAUUCUGCCUGAGAAGCUUGAUCAGAUGGGGGCGCAAUGCCAAGAUCACAAGACUCAGACUGUCUGCUUCAACGUUACGAUCUGCUUCAGUGUCACAUUUAAACACCACAGAGGGGCAAUAGAGCUUCAGUAUAAUUUGACCUCCGACCUCCUCCAUAAACCAUCUUUCCCACAUCGUUUCUAUUUCCACGGUAACGGAUCAUCGAACAGCACGAGGGGUCAUAUGAAGGCACGACACGGCCAUCCCAGCUGUGCAACACAUGUGGCUUACCAAAGGAAAGACGUUAAAGACAUCUACACUCCCGUUCAGUUUGAAGUUUCCUAUGGCCUCAGUGAAAAGAGGAGCCACAAAACCCCAUCCAGAAAAUUAGCAUCCAUAAAACCCAUUCUGCAGCACAGCGCAGGACAUCAUAACACCAUCACCAAUCAGACUCGGUUUGCUCGCUCCUGCUCUAUGGUGAACUGUUCGACCAACAUGCAGCUGUCAAGUGAACUAGUGCUGCCGCAACAGCAGAAGUUCUUCGCGCUCGGUUCGGGACAGAUCAUCCUGAAAACCUCCCUGAUGAACUCUGGAGAUGAUGCCUUCCUGCCUCGAGUGACAUUGAGAUUCCCCAACAACAUCCACUAUAUCAAAGUGCUGCAUAAUCAGGGCAACGUGAUUAGUUGUGAUAUCACUGAGGAAGUGAACACUACAGACGUGAGGGUGGACUGCAGAAUCACCAGCCUCGUCCUCCCAGCCCUCUCUCAGAUGAAUAUCAGUUUUCUGUUGGAUGUCAGUCAGAACAGCACGCCUGGCGACAUUCGCAUUAACAUCAACACCAGCAGUGACAAUUACGAGAUGGAUGAGUUUCUCCGAGAUAACAGCAUGACUCUUGUUCUUCCUCUGAAACAUGGAGUUGGUGUCAGCAUCCACGGUUUUGUGACUCCAAAGUCUUUUGUGUUUGGAGAUGAAGACUUGAUUCCAGCUGAUUGCUACCCUGAAAAAUUCAACUACACAUUUAAGGUGUUAAACUUUGGACCCAGCAAGGCGUUAAACACAGUGGUUCAGAUUGCACUGCCAAAAAUCCUGGCACCGUACCCACACAGACUGCUUCAGCUCAUCGACUGGAAGUCAUCACAUGGUUCGUGCUCAAUAAGUGACAAAACGAUUUCAGUCAGUGAGGACUGCAACGUUCCCCAGGCUUCAUUCAUCAAACAGAUCAUUUUCUUCUUCUCUCCCACCACCACCCGCACAAUGUUCUGUGGCCGUGUCGAUAAUCUGUGUGAGCACCUGGUGUGUCGUCUUGGUAACCUGGAUGCGGGCAGAGAUGCUACCAUCCAGCUGGAAAUCAGCCUGAAUCCUGCUGUGCUGCUGCAAGCACCGGGCCGUCAUCAUGUUAUGAAGUUGGAGAGCACAGCAACCGUGUUGUCGCCCAGAGAAGAUGCUCACACUGUCCUAAUCAAGGAUCAACCUGCACUGGUGGUGGUGGAAGCUGUUUUUACCCAGAAACCCUCAAUGCCUGUGAAGAUUUUCAUUAUCGCCGUCAGUUUAGUUUUAGGACUGAUCAUCUUGACCGCUCUCAUCUGGUGUUUGUAUAAGUGUGGCUUCUUUAAGAGGAACUUCAAGAAGCAGGAAGAGUUAAAUAGAGACAGCUGGGACUACGUUCCCAAACUCAACAAGAGGGAGAGCUCUACUUAAACUCAUCUGCUGCCUCUCGCUGUGACGUCGGGGCAUUAGCAGCGGGCAGAGUUCACAACAAAGCUGUGCAAAAACUUUGCAGCAAUGACGGAUGAGGAUGAAAGCAUCCUGAAUGCACCUGAACUGAUAAACCAAAUGUGCCUUCACAAAGGAGAGACUGGCCUUGAGGAAGACCGCAGCACUGGAUGGAUGGAUGGAUGGAUGGAUGGAUGGAUGGAUGGAUGGAUGGAUGGAUGGAUGGAUGGAUGGAUGGAUGGACGGACGGACGGACAGAUGGAUAACUAAAACAGCUUCCUGUGUUGUGGACGAACACUGGAGAAGAACCAAACCAAGUGACUUUCUGAUGAUCUCAGGGGAUUGGAAACCUUGCUCCUGAUUGGUUCAUACCUUUGGAAUAAGCUCCUUCAUUUUGUUUACCUGCUGGUCAGCAGUGAUGGAGCACGAGACUCACUGGUUGCGUUGCGUCAUCCAACAGCUGCAGUCGACACUCGACUGCAGCGGGCUGCAGGAGUGUGCAGGAAAAGGGAAGCAAUACAAAUUUUGUGUUCUGAAAGCGGGACACAGAUAAAAAAAAUGCUGGGAAAUGGGAUACAAUGCUGCUUCUUCUUCUUCUUUUUUUAUUUUGCCGUUUUCCCUUUUGUCACUGGUAUGCUUGCGUCUGCUCCUUUGGCAGAAUUUUGUGGCACAUCUAGAUAACAAAUGAAGUAAAUCCACAUAUUUUCAUUGUUCACCUAGACAAAAAGUUGUCUUGGCAGUGCCGACAACUAACCAAGUAAAGCAUCCUGUCUCUCAGAUGUGUUGGGGAAAAAAAUCAGCAUUUAAGAAAAUCAGCAUUUACUUUUGCUACCUGUGAGGAUAAACUCACAGGUAUCAAAAAUGAAACAGAUACAGGUAUUUUGAAAGAUGGUGCCAAGAGAUCACAGGGGCGCAAUGUCUUACGAAGCCUUUAUUAGAAACAAUUAUGAGCUAGCCAUAUGACAAAAUAUUUUAUUAAUUUAACUUAAUUUAUAUAGUAUUUUACAAGUUACAAUGUGCUGAAAUUAAAUUAAAAUGCAUAAUGGAAACACUGAAAAUGAUUAAAAUGAAACUCCACCCAACUACGCCAAAGAAAUAAAUGACAUUCUCUCGAAAGAGGCUUUUAGAAAAAUAAAAUGUUUCCAGAUAAUUGUUUUACCUUUCUGUAUUCUGUGAAUGCAAACUGUUGAAACAACUUCAUCCCUCAUCUUUUACAUGUCAUAGAAAUACACAUCAUGCAAGUGUUUGAAUGUUUUAUUACAUUUUUAUUUCUUUUUUUUUUUAUGAAAGUUUGUUCUGCACUGGAGCGUCUCACUGCUUUUAUCAUUACGCCCCUAUUAAAAUAAAAGAUUUUUUUAUUUAAA